AUGGGAAAGGAAGGGGAACUAUGGGAUGAUUCAGCUUUGAUUAACGCCUUCAACGAUGCCAUGUCUAAGUAUAAAAAAAUGCAUGGAAAGAAAAAAAUCCAGGAUAAUUCAAGUGAUGGAGGGAAAGUUGGUAGCGUCACUGAGGAGGAAAAUGCCUCUGCUAUUACGACGGUUCAUGAAAGUCUUAAUGAGACUGUGAAGGAGGUUGAUGAGAGCAGCAAUGUUACAUUGAACACUGUGAUAGAAUUAGGAGAGAAUAAAAGUCUUUCACCGGCCAAAGUAAAUAAUUGUGUAGAUUCAUUUGGACCUGAAUCAUAUAUAGAUCAGUCUAAUGGUGUCCACAAGCAAACUCUCAAUGAUUGUUCAUAUUCACAUGGUGCAGAAGAUUAUAACCAGUUACUCAGCCAGUACUAUGAGCUUGAGGAGAAGAGGCAAAAGGUUCUACAGCAACUUAAUCAGUAUGGUGGUUAUAACUACCAAUAUCCUGCUGAAGGUUCAGGUUCUGGUGGUUAUUGGGGCACCUGUUCUGCGUCUAAAGAUCAAUCAGUUGCUUCAACUCAAGCUUCGCUCUCCCCUCUCAUCUGUUCAUGUUGCCUGUAUGCUUGUAAUUGUCCAGUGGCUCCAUGUUCUUCGUUCUUCACUUAUUCUUUGGGCGUUACAUCUCUUGGUAAAACAUGUACUGAUUCUUUUGCCAUGAUCGACCCUGGAAAUUCUUGCCCUCCUGUAGUUAGGAACAUUGUCAAAACAGCAAUGGAUGCUGCAGAAAGAGCAAUAUCAUCCAUGACAAUGAAUAUUUCUGCUGUUAACUCUGAUACAGAAGGCAAUAAAGUGGAGAAACAUAAAGACAAUGAAGGGGAAAUAGCUCAAAAUACAAGCUCUGAAACAGAUCUGACUGUUGUUUUAAAUGCUUGGUAUUCUGUAGGCUUCUACACUGGGAAGUAA